AUGAAGCGAACGUUUGAUGAGAGCGGCGUUGCCCACAACGAAAGUGAUGAUCAAAUGAAUCAUCAAAAUGGUAAUGAUACCAACAUGGAACCAAAUAACAAGAAGGUCAAGCAAACUGUGCUAGAGGUUGAUUUUUCUAAAUUCAAGGAAGGGGAUAUCAUUACCGAAAGCGAUGGCAGAUAUGAAUUUAGAAUGUUGCAAGGAAACUUGUGUCGGGUUCCUUUGGAUAGACCUGUGAGAGUUUAUGCCGAUGGAAUUUAUGACUUGUUCCAUUUUGGCCACAUGAGAUCGCUUCAACAAGCAAAAAAUCUCUUCCCUGAUACUCAACUGAUUGUUGGCGUUUGUUCUGAUGAAGACACAUGGAGAAUUAAAGGAAAGACUGUGCUGACAGAGAAUGAAAGAUAUGAAGGAGUAUCUCAUUGUAGAUAUGUUGAUGAAGUCGUUCAAGCUGCUCCUUGGGUUGUCACUCCCGAAUUUGUUUUAGAACACAACAUUGAUUUCGUUUCACACGGAGAAGACCUUAGUGUUGAUGAGAACGGAAAUGACGUGUAUGAAGGUUUGAAAAAGAUGCACAGAUUCCUCACAAUCAAGAGAACUGAAGGUAUCUCAACAAGCGACAUUAUCAUGAGAAUUGUAAAAGAAAGAGACACUUACAUUGAACGUAACUUGAAGAGAGGAUACACACCUGAUCAACUAGGAAUUGGGUUGGUUGGAAAAACCGUACACGGUGUGAAGCAAUUAAUUGGAGGCAUUGUGAAUGUAUUUAGUCCUCGUAAGGCAAAAGCAGAGUCAAAAAUUACUGAAGAAGAAAAUAAGGAGGAAACAGAUGCUGCCGAACCAACAGAAGGUGGAAUUUUUGAUGACGAAGAGGAAAAUGGUGCUGAACAAGUUAGUGAUCAAGCAGAAGACAAGGAAGAAAUCGAUACUUCUGAACACUAA